AAGACUACAAAAGGAGGGAAAUGAGUAUCGGCUUAUCUUCAACUCAAACGCACACUCAAACUCUUAUCUCUUCCUCUCUGUUUAAAACCUUUUAAUUCAAAUGCCACUCGCAUCCAUGAGCACCUCCUUUGAAACUGACUUUCAAAUAGGAAAUACAAAAUAUCCAGAGAAGAUAAUCGGAACACAUGGUCUUCGCAAAAGGAUUCUCAAAAGAGGAAUUUCGUGGCAAACUCCAUUUCCUGGAGACGAAGUGGAAGUUCAUUUCAAUGGCCACGUCGAGGGGGGAGCAUGUCUUGAUUCAACUCGUGAUAAAGGGGCUCCCUUCGUCUUCAAAUUAGACCAGGGUGAAGUUAUCAAAGGACUGGAUGAAGGGAUUGCCACAAUGAAGAAAGGUGAAAGAGCAAUUUUUAAGGUACCCCCGAACUUGGGGUACGGGGAAGCUGGUUCUCCACCGUUGGUUCCAUCCAAUGCAAGUCUUGUUUUUGAUGUUGAGAUGAUAUCUUGGAGCAGCAUCAUGGAUUUAACAGGUGAUGGAGGAAUUCUAAAGAAGAUAACAAAGGAUGGUGAAGGGUGGGCAACACCAAGAGAUGGAGAUGAAGUGUUAGUAAAGUAUGAAGUAAGGCUUGAGAAUGGACUAGUUCUCUCCAGAUCUGAAGAAAUUGUAGAGUUUCAUAUAGGCGAUGGUUAUCUAUGUCCCGCCUUAGGGAAAGCAGUGAAGACAAUGAGAAGGGGUGAACAAGCAGAGGUAGCAGUAAAGUCUUCUUAUGGGUUCAAUCCAAAUGGAAAUGAAGUUCCAACUGUAUCCAAUUUCACCAUUCAACUUGAACUUGUAACAUGGAGAAGUAUAAUAGAUAUCACAGGAGAUAGAAAAGUUCUAAAGAAAAUCACAAAAGCUGGGGAUGGCUUUGAACAUCCUAACGAAGGAUCCAAGGUGAAAGUGGUAUAUACUGGAAAACUUGAAGAUGGAACAGUUCUUGAAAAGAGGGGAACUAAUGAAGAACCUUUUGAAUACAUAACCCUGGAAGAACAAAUAAAUGAAGGUCUAGACAGAGCAAUUAUGACUAUGAAGAGAGGAGAACAUUGUUUAGUGACUGUCACUGCAGAAUAUCUGUCUGACCAUGACAGUUCAGAUGUGCUUCCUGCAAAUUCUGUGCUUCAUUAUGAAGUUCAGCUAAUAGACUUUAUCAAGGAUAAACCAUUUUGGAAGAUGGAUGCAAGUGAGAAAUUAGAAGCAUGUGAAAUAAAGAAGCUUGAUGGCAAUGUACUGUUCAAGGCUGGAAAAUUCUGGCGUGCCUCAAAGAAGUAUGAGAAGGCAGCAAACAUUGUGGAGUAUGACCAUCCCUUCACUGAUGAUCAGAAGUGCCUAGCCAAAGGCUUGCGGUUAUCAUGUUACUUAAACAAUGCAGCUUGCAAGCUUAAAUUAGGGGAGUACUGCGAAGCUUCAAGAUUAUGCACAAAGGUUUUAGAACAAGACCCUUUCAAUGUGAAAGCUCUUUUCAGGCGAUCUGAAGCGUACUUAAAAAUAACAGAACUCGAGAAAGCUGAGGCUGAUAUCAACAAAGCUCUAAUAAUUGAUCCAAAUAACAGAGAUGUGAAACUUAAAUACAAGGAGCUAAAAGACAAGCAAAGGGUGUAUGCUAAACAUCAAGCUAAGUUAUUCAGUGCCAUGUUUUCAAGGAUGGGUUGAUUAAUGAGGUCUGCAAGAGUUUAGAAUCAUCGUUGUACCGGUAUCUCAAUGAUAUUUGAAUCAUUAAAUGUAAAGAGCAUUCAAUUAAUCUCAUGUCCCUAACUAUUAAAAGUAACUUAAAUCCAGUCCGAAGAAACAGUAACCUUUAAUCGAGCUUUUGGGGCUUUUAAUUUAAGCAUGUUUCACGUGUUCAAA